AUGAAGAGCAGUGGCAGGCUCAAGUUGGAGCAAAGAACUUUCAUGGAGCAGGUUCAUGAGUGCCUGGACAAUGGCUACCUGCUCUCUUCCAAGAAGAUUGGCUCUGGGGCCUUCUCCAAGGUGUACCUGGCCUAUGCCACACAAGAACGCAUGAAACACAACCCCAAGCUGUCCUCCGACUUGCGGAACAAACACCAUACUAUGGUGGCUAUAAAGAUCGUCUCCAUGGCUAAGGCCCCGGAGGAGUUCUCUCAAAAAUUUUUGCCCCGUGAGAGCUCAUCACUCAAUGCUACCUAUAAACAUGUCAAUGUGGUGCAGCUGUAUGAGACCUAUCAGAACAGCCAGCGAUCCUACCUGGUGCUGGAGUUGGCGGCUAGAGGCGACCUGCUAGAGCACAUCAACACUGUGUCAGACCAGCGCUGCUGCCCAGGGUUGGAGGAGGAGGAGGCCCGAAGACUGUUCGGCAGCUGGCAGCUGGUCAGUGCUGUGGCUCACUGCCACAAUGUCGGCAUUGUGCACCGAGACUUGAAGUGUGAGAACAUCCUGUUGGAAGACCAGGGCUUCCUAAAGUUGACAGAUUUUGGCUUUGCCAACUGCACGGGACUCAAGAACUCACUGCUGAGCACCUUCUGCCGCUCUGUGGCCUACACGGCUCCGGAGAUUCUCAUGAGCAAGAAGUACAAUGGCAAGCAGGCCGACCUAUGGAGCCUCAGCAUCAUCCUCCAUGCCAUGGUGUCUGGGAAGCUGCCCUUCAAGGAGCACCAGCCCCACCGCAUGCUGCACCUGAUGCGCCGUGGUCCCAUCUUCAAGCCAGGCCUGUCCCCAGAGUGCCGGGACCUGAUCCGGGGGCUUCUUCAGUUGCACCCGCAUGCACGCCUGGGCCUGCAGCAGGUGGCCGCACACCACUGGAUGCUGCCUGCAGCACAGGAGCUCUUUUCUGUCCUUGGUGCUGUGCCAGAGCCGCAGGCGGGUUCCCAGGACAACACCGAGUCAGGCACAGACUCCAUGUACCCAUGUACACGGACUCCAUGUAUCCACGUACAGCAGCUGCAGAGCCUCCAGCAGUCGAAAACCCCAAAGGAGAGCACCUCAGGCCUGGCUCUCAGGCCACUGGAGGCCUGCCCCAGACAAGGAGCGAGUUCUGCUUGCCAGGCGCUCAGGAGCACCAUGGCAGUCAGCCCAUUAGUAUGUGCCACGAGGCAGCCUCUGUCUCUGUGCUCCACGUUGACCAUCAGGAACAUGCCUGGGCACUACCUAGCCAAUUGA